GCGGCUCCGGAGGCAGCGCUCCCUGCUCCUCCGGCAAAGCUUCUGCGGCCUCGCUCUGUGCAGGGGCUCCUUCGGCCUCCUCUGUCGGUGGCCAGUGAGGGACCGGUAGCCGCGGGCAGGGCUUUGGGGCUCGGCGAGACGCCCCAGCCCGGCUGGGAGCGCUGGGGCUCGGUAUGAGGCUGGAGCGGGCGGGCAGUGCAAAGCAAAUACGGGAAUGUUUCUAAAAGACAUAAUUUGUGCUUAUUAUUUCAUUUUCAAGCAUGUGUCGUAGUGUACUUAAGCUGGCUUAAUUUAUUUUUUUUUCGUUAAACCGAGUAAUUGCUUAAGGUGGUUAUAGAAGGGCUUUUUGGUGCAUUGCCUUAGCGAAAGCUCACCGGGUUUGGAAGUGACCUUUCUGCCUGGGUCUGUGAUUCUGAGGAAGCUGUUUGUGCUGUUGGUGUUGUUGGUAACUUGGAGCCCUCUGGGAGCACGAAACUCCCAAAGCCAGGCAGGGUGGAGGAGGAAGGGAAAGAAAACAUGGGUGGUUAACACAGAGUAAAAUGUCAAAAAUCCUUCUUCCUUGUUGAGCUAAGGGCAGAGAGCUGGCACGUACAGGGCGGUGUGUUUGCUGUUACUCACACGUACAGAAUCGCGGUGUGUUUGCCGUGCCGAGGCUGCAGUACCAGGUCGUUCUUUCGGAAAGGUGUGGCGCUGGAUCUGCAGGUGUGGUCCUUAGCCCAGACACCAGCUCUGCUGUUAGUAGAUGCUACAAUUGUGUUUUGUUUAGGAGCCUGUCAUUUAAGAUGUCAAAGCCCCCAGAACCGAGGAGGAGACUGUAGAGAAGUCAGCCCUUAAGCAAUCCCUGGCUGAGCUGCCGGUGUGUCUUCUGUGCAACAUCCACACUGCUGGCAUCAAGAACAGGAACAUAGAAGCUGCAAUGAUUCAGAUUCUCCAGUGUUUGAGGAAUGCCACUGUGACCAUUUAGACCGCUGGCUGGAGAGCUCUACAACAUCAGAACAUUCUAGGCCGCUUUCCAGUUGUCCCAGCUGGAAAGGUGGCACUGAAGAAGGCAAAACAAUGAGGACAUCAAAUAAAAAAAUGACAAAUUCUGUUUCAAGCGACUGUGCUAAUCCAGCUGUAUGGGAAACUGAUGAAGUGGUCCUGAGGAGAAGACAAAAACAAAUCAAUUUUGGAAAGAAUACCCUUGCAUAUGACAGAUACAUUAAAGAAGUUCCAAAGAAAGAGCGAAUCCCAGGAGUUCACCCUAGAACUCCCAACAAGUUCAAGAAGUACAGCCGUAGGUCCUGGGACAAGCAGAUCAGGCUGUGGAAGAUAGCACUGCAUGCCUGGGAUCCUCCUGCUGAAGAAACCUGGGAUCUGAGGCCUGUUAGUACAGAACCUUCAGGUAGUUCCCAGGAAUGGUUCUGCAAAGAUGAGGAUGUUUCUAGCUCCUUUGUGUUUGACGAAAAGCAGAAGAGAAAUGAGUGUGAGGAUGAAGGCACACAGACUGCCUACACACCUGAGAGUUCUCGUUCUCCUGAUUCUUCUCCAGUAUGGAAACGCAGAAAAAGAAACAAUUCUGACUCCUCUGUGGUUUCAGAGAGCAAAAACCAUUAUCUGCAGAUGUACCACACACUGGAAAGCCUUGCUGACUCAGGACAUCAGGAGGCUUUUUCAAAGUGCUCAGAGUGGGAAGCCUUUGGUGAAAGAGAUGAAGUAAUGACAGUACAACAAAGUAUAGGAAUAACGAGUGACCCGAUUCCAGCCAGCUGUUCUUCAGGAUGGAGCACUCCAAAAGAGAAGAAAUCCAGCUUCUUUCUGCCUGACACCAGGACUUGCAGAGAUGCAGACUGCAGGCUGGAGAGGUAUCAAAUGCAGCUCAUCAGUUGGGGUUUGAGGGGUAUUUUGCAUAUUAUUUUAGAAGCUUAGUUGCUUUCUUGCUAU